CGCACCGGGCGCUGGAUCUUGGCGCUGACCCCAGGCCGCGGGCGGGAGGCCGGACGCUCCGCACCUGCGGCGACCUGCGGUGGGACCGUGCGCGGGCACCUGUGGCUGCGCCUCGUGCGCCCACAGCCCGGGGCCAUGGCGCUCGUGGAGGCGGCGGCUCGGAGGGCCGGCCGGGGCCGCCUGUGACUGCGGACAGGAGGGGCCCGGCGCGGGGCCGCGGGCACGAUGCCUUUCCUUCCCGAGGCGAGGGCGGCGGGCCGCGCGGUGGCCCUGGCCCUGGCGCUGCUGUUCCCCGCCGUGCCAGCGGGCGCUCUGCUCAGCCUGCAGCCCAACAUGCCGCAUGUGUGUGCUGAGCAGGAGCUGACCCUGGUGGGCCACCGCCUGCCCUGCGUGCGGGCCUUCAGCCGGACCGUGCCGCUAUGGAAGCCGGGCUGUGGGCGGCAGGCCUGGUGUGUCGGCCACGAGCGGAGAAUCGUAUACUACGUGGGCUACAGGCAGGUGUACACCAUGGAGGCCCAGACCGUGCUCAGGUGCUGCCCAGGGUGGAGCCAGCAGCCCGGCGACCAGGGCUGCUUCUCCCCGGCGUGCAGCGCUGGCCUCUGCUUCAAUGGUGGCCGUUGUGUGCCCGGCUCGGCCCAGCCGUGCCACUGUCCCCAAGGCUUCCAGGGUCCUCUCUGUCAGUAUGAUGUGGAUGAGUGCCAAGCGCACAACGGUGGCUGCCAGCACAGGUGUGUGAACACGCCCGGCUCCUACCUCUGUGAGUGCAAGCCUGGCUUCCGGCUCCAUGCCGACGGCAGGACCUGCCUGGCCAUCAACUCCUGUGCGGUGGGCAACGGCGGCUGCCAGCACGACUGUGUGCAGCUCACAGUGACCCAGCACCGCUGCCAGUGCCGGCCUGAGUUCCGGCUUCAGGAGGAUGGCAAGCACUGUGUCCGGAGAAACCCAUGUGCGGACCGGAACGGCGGCUGCGCGCACACAUGCCGGGUACUCCAGGGCCUCGCCCACUGUGCGUGCCACGCGGGCCACCUGCUGGCCGCAGACCGCAAGGCCUGUGAAGACAUGGAUGAAUGUGCCACGGGGCUGGCCCACUGUGCCCACGGCUGCCUCAACACUCGCGGGUCCUUUAAGUGUGUGUGCCAUGCAGGCUACGAGCUGGGUGCCGAUGGCCAGCAGUGCUACCGGAUCGAGAUGGAGAUCGUGAACAGCUGCGAGGCCAGCAACGGCGGCUGCUCCCACGGCUGCAGUCACAGCAGUGCGGGACCCGUGUGCACCUGCCCCCGUGGCUUCGAGUUGGCCCAGGACCAGAAGACGUGCAUCGACUUGGACGACUGUGCGGAUGCGCCGUGCUGCUGGCAGGUCUGCACCAACACCCCGGGCGGGUACGAGUGUAGUUGCUACGCCGGCUACCGGCUCAGCACGGACGGCUGUGGGUGUGAGGAUGUGGACGAGUGUGCCUCCAGCCACGGUGGCUGUGAGCACCUCUGCACCAACCUGGCUGGCUCCUUCCGGUGCUCCUGCGAGGCUGGCUUCCGGUUGGACGAGGACCGCAGGGCCUGCACCCCCCUGGAGAUGCCCGAGGUGGACCUGGGCGGCCAGCUGCCUUUCCUGCGGCCUCUCCCGCACAUCGCCGUGCUCCGGGACGGGCUGCCCCCUCUCUUCCAAGAUGACUAUGGGGCUGAGGAGGAGUUGGCGGCGGAGGCCCGGGGUGAACACACGCUGGCGGAGAAGUUUGUCUGCCUGGAUGACACCUUCGGCCCUGACUGCAGCUUGACCUGUGACGACUGCAGGAAUGGGGGCGCCUGUGUCCUGGGCCUGAAUGGCUGUGACUGCCCCAAGGGCUGGACCGGUCUCGUCUGCAAUGAAACGUGUCCCCCAGACACCUUCGGGAAGAACUGCAGCCUCUCCUGCAGCUGUCAGAAUGGCGGCACCUGUGACCCGGUGACGGGGGCCUGCCGCUGCCCUCCAGGCGUCAGCGGAGCCCGCUGCGAGGAUGGCUGCCCCAAGGGCUUCUAUGGCAAACACUGCCGCAAGAAGUGCCACUGUGCCAACCGGGGCCGGUGCCACCGCCUCUAUGGGGCCUGCCUCUGUGACCCAGGGCUCUAUGGCCGCUUCUGCCACCUGGCCUGCCCGCCUUGGGCCUUCGGACCCGGCUGCUCAGAGGAGUGCCGCUGUGAACGGCGGAACACACGUGCAUGCGACCGGAGAGACGGCAGCUGCUCCUGCAAGGCAGGCUUCAGGGGCCAGCUGUGCCAGGAUGAGUGCCCUCCGGGCUUCUUCGGGCCUGGGUGCCAGCAGACGUGUUCCUGCGCUCCGGGUGCAGCCUGUGACCCUGUCAGCGGCGAAUGUGGCAAACAGUGUCCUGCUGGCUACCAGGGGAGGGACUGCGACCAAGAGUGCCCAGGGGGGACAUUCGGCGGGAACUGCUCCGGCUCCUGCUCCUGCGGGGGGGCCCCCUGUGACCGGGUCACUGGGCAGUGCCUGUGCCCACCAGGGAGGACUGGGGACGACUGUGGGGCAGCUUGUCCCGAGGGCCGCUGGGGGCUUGGCUGCCAGGAGGUCUGCCCGGCGUGUGAGCACGGUGCCACCUGUGAUCCUGAGGCUGGAAUCUGCCUGUGCCGCCCUGGGUACACCGGCAGCCGCUGUCAGGAUGCAUGCCCAGCAGGCUGGUUUGGGCCUGGCUGCCAGACAAGGUGUUCCUGUGCCAACGAGGGGUAUUGCCACCCGGAGACUGGACACUGCAGCUGUGCCCCUGGGUGGACCGGCCUCAGCUGCCAGCGAGCCUGUGACAGUGGGCACUGGGGAUACGGCUGCAGUCGCCCCUGCAACUGCAGCGCUGGCAAUGGGAGCUGUGAGGCCACCAGCGGCCUGUGUGUGUGUGAGGCCGGCUACACGGGCACGUGGUGCGAGCAGCGGUGUCCCCAGGGCCGGUUUGGGCCACGCUGUGGGCAGCAGUGCCGGUGCGAGCAUGGGGCAGCCUGUGACCAUGUCAGCGGGGCCUGCACCUGCCCAGCCGGCUGGAGGGGAACCUUCUGUGAACGCGCCUGUCCCACCGGCUUCUUCGGACCAAACUGCCACAGAGCCUGUGACUGCCCUGCCGGGGCCCCUUGCAACGCUGUGAGCAGCUCCUGCCUCAGCCCCGCCGGCCGCCUGGGGUCCCCUUGUGCCCAGACCUGCCCUGCCCACACCUAUGGUCAAAACUGCAGCCAGACCUGCUCCUGUUUUAACGGGGCCUCUUGUGACCCUGUCCACGGGCAGUGCCGCUGUGAGCCUGGCUGGAUGGGCCCCACCUGCCUGCAGGCCUGCCCGUCAGGCCUACAUGGUGAGAACUGUCAGCAUUCCUGCCUCUGCCAGAAUGGGGGCACCUGUGACCCUGUCUCAGGCCACUGCACAUGCCCAGAGGGCUGGGCUGGCCUGGCCUGUGAGAAAGCCUGUGCUGAGGGCACAUUUGGGGCACGCUGUGAGGAGCGCUGUGCCUGCCUGCGGGGAGCCACCUGCCACCAUGUCACAGGGGCCUGCGUCUGUCCCCCGGGAUGGAGGGGCCCUCGGUGUGAGAGUGCCUGCCCCCAGGGCUGGUUUGGAGAGGCCUGUGCCCAGCGCUGCCAGUGCCCAGCCGGCGCUGCCUGCCACCACAUCACCGGGGUGUGUCGCUGUCCACCAGGCUUCACUGGGCCCGGCUGUGAGCAGACCUGCCUGCCUGGCACUUUUGGGGACGGCUGUAGGCAGAAGUGCCAGUGUCCCGGCAAGAACCAGGCCUGCCACCCUGCCUCAGGGGCCUGUGAGUGCACUGCUGGCUACCACGGCACCGACUGCCAGCAACGCUGCCCACCUGGACGAUUCGGGCCUGGCUGUGAACAACUAUGUGGGUGUCUCAAUGGGGGCACCUGUGACGCAGCCACUGGGGCCUGCCACUGCCCAGCUGGGUUCCUCGGGGCCGACUGCAGCCACGCCUGUCCACAGGGCCGCUUCGGCGCUGGCUGUACCCACCUGUGCAGAUGUGGACAGGGGGUGCCCUGUGACCCUGUGAGUGGCACCUGCAUCUGCCCCCCAGGGAGGAUCGGCGUCCACUGUGAACGUGGCUGUCCCCAGAACCGGUUUGGUGUGGGCUGUGAGCAUGUGUGCUUCUGCAGAAACGGGGGUCUGUGCCACCCCACCAAUGGCAGCUGCUCCUGUAGCCUCGGCUGGACGGGGCUGCACUGUGAGCUGGCCUGCCCCCUGGGGCACUACGGUGCCAGCUGCCGCCUGGAAUGCUCCUGUCACAACAACUCCACCUGUGAGCCCACUACAGGGGCCUGUCACUGCCGCCCUGGCUUCUACGGCCCGGCAUGCGAGCACCCCUGCCCGCCCGGCUUCCACGGGGCCGGCUGCCGGGGUGUGUGCGUGUGCCAGCACGGAGCCCCCUGCCACCCCGUCAGUGGCCAGUGUCUCUGCCCUGCCGGCUUCCAGGGCCAGUUCUGUGAGCAGGGGUGCGAGCUGGGCUCAUAUGGAGAGGGCUGCGGCCAGCAGUGUGACUGCAAGGGAGCGGCACCCUGUGACCCUGUCACUGGCCUCUGCCUCUGCCCCCCGGGGCGCACAGGGGCCACCUGUGACCUUGACUGCAGCGGGAGCUCCUUCGGGCCGGGCUGUGCCCUGCGCUGUGACUGUGGGGGUGGGGUGGACUGUGACCCCAUCAGUGGGCAGUGCCACUGUGUGGACGGCCACAUGGGGCCCACAUGCCGUCAAGGUGGGCCCCCCCUGCUCAAGAGCCUGUCUCCAGCCCAGGACCCAGCUGCCUCCGGACCAGCCUCUCGCAGACCAGCGCCCAGGCCCAGCAGCAGGGCAGACAGGCACUAGCUCAGAGGCGGCCCCCACCCGGACCCGCCCCCUGAGUGCCUCCACGGGGACCCAAGGGCUUUGGUGCUCACAAGGAGGGCAGCCUUGGGCCGGGACUCCAGACCUAGCCUUGUCUC